AUGCGAGAACCCGGCGAGUCUGCACAGUUCAGAGUGCUGCUUGUAUCUUUUGACUCUCCCUCUCUUCUUUCCUUUCCUCCACACAACAGCAACACCAACAACAUCUCGCUCUUGUGUUCUCUCAGUCGCCGCUUGUCUAAUCUCAAAACACUCAACUCAGCUCCCUCUUCUCAACCAUGUCGGCCAUUGUCGCUGCGCCUAUGGUCCCUGGCCUUGGCAGUAUUGCCGGUGGUGCCGGUGGUGGCCGUCCUCCCGGUGGUGGUGGUGAGAAACGUGGUAGGCCCCCCGGAUGAUGCUCCCACCCCCUCUCGCAAGACUCGCAAGAGAGUCAAGCGCGGUUUGCCCUGCCAGCGAUGCCUCCGCCGCCUCUGCGCUCAGCCCGCCAAUGCUCCUACUGGUAGCGGCCAGGGCCAGGCUGGCCAGCGAGUCAACUGCGAGUAUCCUAAGGGCCACAAUCGCUGCCGGUAUUGCCGAGGUGGCAAUCGGACCAUCGCCCAGUGCGCUUCUAUAAGUUGCAUAUAUGUUGUCCCGGAGCAUUUGGAGGGUCGUGCCCGCGACUUGCUCGCGACCAACCGUCGCCUUGUUCAGGGUGAGGCUGGUGUUACCAUAGCCGCUGUCGAGACGCAGGCGAGGGUCCUCGACCUUGAAAUGACUGCCCACACCCGUGAGGUGAACCGUGCUACUCGUGCCGCCCGUGCUGCUCCUGCUCCUGUCGCUGCCGGCUCGCCGUCGACCCCCAUCUCGACUCGCCUAUUGCCAGCUCCGCCCAAUGCGCCAUUGAUGCGGUCGCUUACGGCCAGCGUGCGAGAUGCUGCUGCUCCUCCUGUCUCCCCCCCUACCGUCACCAAUGCAGAUAUCAUCCAGGCUUUGACCCACUUGACUAUAAGUGUCAAUUGCGAGUUGCCUGCGAGUCACUAA